GCACACCUGCUCAACGAAGAUGAACGAGGGAAAAGUAGAUGAGGCAGUAGUGACUAAUGGGCCCAGCGCAUCUCAAGCACCAUUUCAGUUUAGUGCCAAUCCCACUCUGGAAGACAUCCGGAGCCUCCAGUCGGCCUUCGCAGCUGAGCGGGACUGGGGAAAGUACCACCAGCCCCGGAAUCUGCUUCUUGCUCUGGUUGGGGAAGUUGGGGAGCUGGCAGAGCUCUUCCAAUGGCGGGAAGAAGCUCCCGAAGGCCUACCAGGGUGGAGCCCAUUGGAGCGUGAAGCUCUUGCUGAUGAGCUCAGUGAUGUCCUUAUUUAUCUGGUUGCCCUGGCAAACAAGUGCCAUGUGGACCUCCCUACGACUGCUCUCCGUAAAAUAGAGAAGAACCGCCUCAAAUAUCCAGCCAAGCGGGUCUAUGGUUCCUCCAAGAAAUACACGGAGUAUCAGGAAUAAGUAUGGAGAGAACCUCUUCCUGGAUGGAGAGAAGAAGAAUCACUCUGUGGCUUCUAGAAGAUGCUCUUUUCACGGUUUAUGACUUCUUUGGGAUGAGCAAUUC